UGCAUUUUUAUAUAGCAUAUUGCUAGAUCGCUCGCAACGAGUUUUCAGAACAUCUUCGUUCAGAAAUGUUUGAAAUUAUGUUGCUUAACUUACUAAUUGUUUUGACAAGCAGUGGCAGUUUGAUUGCACAAUACCUUAAUAUCUACACUGUACCGGUGUCGGAAUCGAGUGCUGGAGAUAAAUCAUUGCAAUGUGUUCGUAAGUUAGUCAGAGAACAAAUUGAAAGCGCAAAGAUAUCAACUGCCGGGGAAUGCAUCCCAUUGUCAAGAAGUUGGCUUGAGACGAGAAGUUUUGACCCCGACUUUACAUAUGUAACAGGAAAAAUUAAAGAUCUACAGUUUCAGCCUCCGAUGCUGGUAAAUACAAGUUCAUAUAAGUCGGAACUACCUGGGCUGUUGGGUGUUGGUAGCUCAGUAGACGUAUCGUUUUCAUUUCCUAGUACAGAUAUUAAGAUAUAUGUGCUUCUUUCAAUGGAUGGUGGUAAUGUUGCCCUUAAAGUUAUGAUAGAUAUUAGUAUCCAGGAAUUGAAACUUGACCAUAAGAUUGAUGGCGUCUGGCAGAAGGACUUUGUUAGAGCUAAUAUUGUGCUGUCAGUUGACACUAUUCACAAGCUGACCAUCAGACCACUGGAAAAUGGCACUGACAUGUACCUAAACGAUAAUCUGAUUGUGCACUACAACCAUCCAGACAAUCCCUUCACACCAGAAGAUGCACAAAGGAUUCUCAUUAGCACAACUCCUAACAGUGGAAACCUUCAUAGACUAAAAAUUGUUGUGGUUUCUUAAAAAAUAAAACGUUCAAGAAGCUACUUUAUACUUUUAUGUAUAAUUGUUACUACUACUUUUUUCAACCAAGACAUAGUUGAAGAAGUUUUAAAGUAUUAUCUAAAGGUAAAUAAGUCUGUGGUCCAUUCAAUAUGUUGAUUUAUCUUUUAUACAUUGAUAUAAAUCAUCGAAUUUAUUUGCAGGAAGAUAGCAAAUAUCACAUUGUUUUCAAUGCUUGAUAAUUGUACACGAUGGAACCAAAAUAAAACCUUGUACAUAUCCAAUUAUUGAUUCAAAACUUUAUGUUAGAAAUAAAACACAUACAUUAUAGUGCAUAAUAAAGUUUUUCUCUCUCAAUUUUGACAACUUUUAAACAAACAUACAUUGUAUUUUGUUUAAUAAAACUGACUGCCAGUGUAACAUUAAAUUUGACACCUUGGAAAAUUGACUCCAUGGGC